AUGGGGAAGGUGUGCCCCGUGCUGAAGAGUCAGCCAAUUUAUAUAGUGGCUGAUGCCGUGGUGGUGAUAAUGAUAGAGAAGCUGAGGAAGCUCAAGUCGGCCGAGGAGGAGGUGUGCCCCGCGCUGAAGAGUCAGGUCGACAAAGUGAUCCCAAAGCUCAAACGGGUCUAUGAGUUCUUGAAGGACGAGGGCAAGAAGGAAAGCCAUAUUGAGUGGACAGAUCGCCUCCUGCGGGUCCUCUACGAGGCCGAGGACAACAUCGACAUUUUCUUCCGCCGGAUGGUCCAUUCGGAGCAGGUGACUAUCGUACCUGUUCUCGACGUGCUCGAGCCACUGUUGUGGAAGGGCAUCCUCUUGCGGAAGAUGAGGCUCUUCCUCAGCAACGUGACUCGGGUACUUGAGGACCAACACCUGGACUCAAAAGGGGCUGGCACUGAUUCGAGGGUCGGGGAAGACAUACCUCGCCUGGAGGAUUUACAACCUACCGGAAAUCAAGAAGCAUUUCCCAUGCCGAGCCUGGGUACACACGUCUCGGAUGAUCGUGCACUCAAAGAUAUAAGGUACGCGGUCCUGAAGCAGAUCUCAAAACAGGUGUUGAGGAACAGUGAGCACAUGGACGACGGGGAGGUGGAGCAAGCUCUCCAGAAGGAACUUUAUGACCAGAGUUACCUCAUAGUGUUGGAUGAUUACGACCACACUGAUUCCUGGCAUGCGUUCAUGUGGUCCCUUCCCUUCUACAACAAAGGCCGUGUCCUGGUCACGACCCGAAGCUCGCCAAUGGCAGAUAAAGCUGACAGUAAGAUCAAACUAAAUAAUUUGGGGGAGGAGGACACUGUGAAGCUCUUUAAGGAGAAAGUGCGUAGCUCGGAAAUCAACUUGCAGGAUAAGGACAUCAGGGACAAGAUCUUCCCAGCGAGUGGGGGCUUGCCCCUCAAUGUCGUUCUGCUAGGCGGGCUAUUGAUGAACCUUAGUCGCGAGAAUAAGAAUUGGCAACACGUGAUCAAGAGAGUACAGAGUUCCAACGACAUACUCACUUUGAGUUACAAUAUACUCACUUUGAGUUACAAUUACUUGCUGCCGGAAGAAAAGCCGUGUUUCCUUUACUUGACCCUCUUCCCUAAAGCUACGCCAAUCCCGGUACGAAGGAUAAUACGGUUAUGGCUUGGCGAGGAGUUGCUGAUGGGUCAGUGCGAUGACGGGCUCCCCAUGAAUCCCGAAGACCGGGGGGAGAAGUAUCUGGAGGACCUGAUACUGAGCAACAUGGUCGAAGUGGUGAGUUGGAAGCCCGACGGGACCCCAAGGACGUGCCAAGUGGUGACACCUAUCUAUGAUAUGUUCCGUCCCCAAGCGGUCUCCCUUGGCCUCCUCCACAUCCACGACCAAAAGCCAAAAGAUUCCGGGCCAACUCAGGCGGAAUCGGACAGGUUCAAAAGGCGGCAGUCCAGCGUCCGUUGGCUCACGGAAUACUCCAACAUCAAGAGCUUCGGCUGGUCGGACCCUUACUACAUCAAGCGAAUGCGUUCCUUCAAUUCCUUUUACACCCGGAAGGGAAUCCUCACCAGAGACCUAGGUAAGUUGCUCCGAGCCGUGACUUCGCACAACAGUCACCGGCUCCUAAGGGUACUCGACCUGGAAGGUGUUUACAAGCCCUACUUGCCCGGCGCUAUCGAGAGGUUAGUCCUCUUGAAGUACCUCGGGUUGAGGUCGACGGUCCUUGAUUCAUUACCCAACUCCAUCGGCGAUCUCCCACAACUGGAGACCUUGGACAUUAAGAACACCAAUAUAGUCCUUCCGGUUUCCCUUCGGAAGUCUAAGAGCCUCCGGCACCUCUACUUGAAUGGGUUUCCCGUUGAUCCAUCGAUCCUCAAACGUUGCACGAGCUCAGGGUUCUUACCAGACCUCGAACCUUGACUGGGCUAUAUGUGAGCAGCAUUGAUGACAACUUAGUGAAUGGCCUGAUGAAGUCCUUGAGACACCUUACCAAGCUCGGGAUCAUCUCCCAGUGGAGCUACAAGCUAGGGAACAAUAUAGCCCGGUGGGUUCCCAUGCUGACCAAUCUUCAGUCUCUGAAGCUGGGCAUGAUUGAAAAGCAUAAGGAGUCGAAGACCAAAACAGAUAAAGAAAAGGAUAAGGAGUCGAAUACCAAAACAGAAAAAGAGAAGAAUAAGGAGUCGCCCCCGCCUAGCCUUCCCUCCAUGCCCGAGCUUCGCAAUCUGUUCGACCUGUACCUGCGCGGGAGAUUCCAAAAUGUGGAAGCAAACCAGCUGCCUUCAUGCCUCAAGUUCCUCACGCUGUCCAAGUCCGAGUUUUCAGAGGACCCGAUGCACAACCUCGGGCAGUUACAGCAACUGAGAACCUUGAGCCUCUUAGCCAAAUCAUACGUAGGUACGGAAAUGAGGUGCUCAAAGGAUGCAUUCCCGAGCCUCCGGGUUUUGAAGCUCUGGCAACUCACCGAACUGACGAAGUUGACUGUGGAGCCAGGCAGCAUGCAUAAACUUAAAGAGCUCGAAAUUCGAAAGUGUCCAAACCUUCCAUUCGAAGGGAUCGAUAGUCUGAAGCAUCUCGAGUCACUGGAGGAACUUAUUCUCACAAAUAUGCCCAAUGAAUUUUUCAGGGAUUCUGAGAAAAAACUGGAGCAUUGCCAAGUCAUCGAAGUCCAGGGGCCGCCAGAAGAACAUGACGAGGGUAAGGAUGCUUCGGAACAAAUGGCUGAGGAGGAUAGCGAAGAUGAGGAGCCAUACUCUAUAAGUUCCCGUGCUGAUCUUAGAGGAGACAAUACCUUUGCUCUCUUUAAUCUGUGAUAGGUAAAGCCUGAUUUCCGUUUGUUUAAUAAGCCCCGAUGGAUUUGUGCUGUGGUUGGGCUGUUCCAGUGGGGCCGGCAGUCAUCCAUUUUUUUUUACCAACUAUAUAUCUUCAAAGUUCGUGCCGGUUUCGGUUUCAUGAUUGAAUAAUCGGAUUGUAAUGCAUAGGCUUGAGAUGCAAUUUAUCAGUUAUCAAAUUCGUUUGCAGUUUCCUCAGAAGGCUUUUUCUGAAAGCUUAUACCAACCAUAUCUGCUAAUGGGUUCAAGUAGAAUUUAGAAAGCUGAAACACUUUAAAGGAUCAAAUUUCAAUUGCCACAAGUCUCCGAUCUCCAGUAAAUUUACAAAGCCUUUCUUUUGUACAAAUGUUACCAACCACAUCAAUAAUCACAGGCCGAAGAACACUCUGCCUGUUAAUAGGAUAGCCAAGAAACGUGACUUACAGAUCUAACUUGCAACAGAGACAACUCGGAAGACAAGCGCCUGAGUCUUUCUAAACCUAUAUUUAACUUGUACCGAUCGUCGAGGCAUGACGAACCGAUAUUGUAUUGUCAAACAUAAAGGAGAUAGACUUGGGCCGCCGACCUCACAGUAGAGAUAACACUCUCUUUCUGAAGACAUUUGAUCUCCUGCCUGAUCCCCGAGGCGCAAAGUUCAGGCCGAACAUUUCCUUCGGGGUUUCCUCUGCAGGGACGAGCCCCACAAGCAUCGCCACAAUAGAGGCACUUUCAGAUACGUGGUCGAUGUCAUCCGUGCGGGUCAAAAGGCGAUGGGCCAACUGCAAGCUCCUGUUCUUCAUGUCCAAGCCAAUGCCCCACGUGAGGAAGAGCCUCUCCCUGUCUAUUGUAGAGAGUUUCUUCUGCAUCUGCUUGCUCAGCAUCUGCCUCUCGCGGCAAAGAUCCCGCAGGCUAUUGUAAGAGAAUAUGAAAACAGAGUUGUGGUAUUAUUGA